AUGAAUUCUCUGAGAGCUUUGAGAAACAGUAGCAUUAGAGAAGCUUUAAACCCAACAAAGGUAUCAUCUUUGUGUCCCCUUUACUCUUACAAUCAGAGGAGAUGGCUAAAGCCUGUAGAUUCAGCGCAGACUAGGUUAGAGAAUCGAACGAGAGACAAUCGAUUAGACAAACUCGUCGCUCAGAUUAGGAAAGUAAACAUCGUUCUCGAGAUCUCGAAGCUCAUGUCUCGCAAAAAGCGUGGACCUUUCGUGUCUCUGCAGUUGCUAUCUCGGUGGAAGAAUCUCGUCGGUUUGAAUAACGUAAGCACCGGAGCUUUCGUGGGUAAGUAUCCUCACGCUUUCGAGAUCUUCACUCAUCCUUGUAGGAGGAAUCUCUGUUGUAAGGUCACUGAGAAGUUGAAAGAAUUGAUUUUUGAGGAAGAGAAUGUGAUCAGAGAGUGUGAAUUGGAUGCUGUGAGGAGGAUCAAGAAGCUCUUGUUGUUGUCAAGAAACGGUGUGAUUCGUGUUCAUGCUUUGAGGUUGAUUAGAAAGGAAUUAGGAUUGCCUGAGGAUUUUCGAGAUUCGGUUUUAGCUAAGUACACUUCAGAUUUCAGGUUAGUUGAUUUGGAGACAUUGGAGUUAGUUAGUGGAGAUGGUGAUGGUGAUGAUGAGAGUUUGUGUGUGGCAAAAGUGGAAGAGUGGAGAGAAGUUGAGUACAGAGAGAAAUGGUUGAGUGAGUUCGAGACGAAGUACGCGUUUCCGAUCAAUCUUCCGACGGGGUUCAAGAUCGAGAGAGGGUUUAGAGAAGAGUUAAAGAACUGGCAGAGGAUUGCUUAUGUGAAGCCUUACGAGAGAAAGGAGAUUUCUCGAGGGCUAGAGAGGUUUGAGAAGCGGGUUGUUGCGGUUGUCCACGAGCUUCUGAGCUUGACGGUUGAGAAAAUGGUUGAGGUUGAGAGAUUGGCUCAUUUUCGAAAGGAUCUUGGCAUCGAAGUGAAUGUGAGGGAGGUUUUGUUGAAGCAUCCGGGGAUUUUCUACGUGUCGACGAAGGGAAGUACACAGACUUUGUUUCUUAGAGAAGCUUAUAGCAAAGGAUGUUUGAUUGAGACGAAUCCGGUAUAUGAUGUUCGGAGGAAAAUGAUGGAUCUUGUGUUGUUGAAGAACCGUCAUUCUAGAGAGCUGUUGUUAGAAACUCGGGAAUUGGAGAGACAUGUUGUGGUUCGGUUUGAUGAAGAUUGGGAAGGGGAGAGAGAUGGAGAUUGGGUUUUGCCAAUUCUUGAGAAAACAGAUUGA